AUGUCCGCUCCGGAGAAGCCGCUGGUGUCGGAGGAGGAGAUGGCGAACGCGCGGCUGAGCCUGGGCGCGCGCGAUCUGUGCGCGCAUCUGCUGAUUCCGCUGAAUCGGUGCCGCACGGAGACGAUGUUCGCGCCGUGGAAGUGCAGCGACGAGCGGCACUCGUACGAAAAUGACGCGCAGGUUCACUACUUGCUCCAGUUCAAGGGCAUACAUAUAGGACGAGUGGUGAGCCGCGUGAUAGAGGGCGUAAGCUUCGCCAUCGACACGGCGGACGAGGUGCGCGCCAUCAGCGUGAGGCGCAUCCGUACUCCUUGUCUUCCCCUUCCCCCUCCCCUGCCUCUACCCUCACAGGUGGUGAGCCGCGUGAUAGAGGGCGUAAGCUUCGCCAUCGACACGGCGGACGAGGUGCGCGCCAUCAGAACCCUCAAUCUCCCUUCCCCUUACACUCCCCUUUUCCCCUUCCUCCUCCCCGCUGCAACUCCGCGACCCCCUCCCUCCUUCCUCCCCCACACCCAGGUGGUGAGCCGUGUGAUAGAGGGCGUGGGGUUCGGAUUCUACACGGCGGACGAGGUGCGCGCAAUCAGCGUGAGGCGCAUCACCAAUCCGCUGCUCUUCGAUGGGCUGCGCAGCCCCGCCGCGGGGGGUCUUUACGACCCCGCACUCGGCCCCGUCGAUAAAUCCGACGUUUGCGUCACCUGCCAGCUGGGGUACUUCCAUUGCCCGGGGCAUUUCGGCCACCUGGAGCUGGCACUGCCAGUGUACCACCCGCUGCUUUUCUCCCUGCUUGUGAAGCUGCUGCGCUGCGUGUGCCUGCGCUGCCACCAUCUGAAGCUGCUGUCUGCUGUGCCCUGCAAGCCUGAAUGUGCACCACCCGACCCGCUGCCUUUCUCCCUGCUCGUCAAGCUGCUGCGCUGUGUGUGCCUGCGCUGCCACCACUUGAAGCUGCUCUCCGCCGUGUCGAAGCUGUAUGCGCUGCGGCUGGCGCUCAUCGCCCAGGGGCGGCUGAGGGAGGCGCAGGAGCUGGGGCAGAAAAUGCCCCCCAAGGCCAAGCGCAGAGGGUGGGGCAAGGGGAAUGGGAAAGGAAAGGGCGGAGAAGGAGGGGGGUUAGGGGGAGGAAAAGGAGGAGCAAAGGCUGUAUAUGUGGCUGGACCAGCAGGGGCUGUAGAUGAUGAGGAUGAUGAGGAUGAGGAGGAGGUUGAGGAGGGGGAGAAAGAAGCACAGGAGAUGGAUAUUGAUGGGUCCUGGAAAGCGGAGGCUGAGAAAGCUGCUGCUGCCGGGGAAGUCGAGGAGGGGGAUGUGAUGGGGGAAGGGGAAGGGGGAGGGGGAGGGGAGGAGAGGUGGUCGUGGGCGGCAGAGGUGGCGGCGAGGGAGGUGGUGCGGGAGCUGUGGAGUGUGGUGCCGCCCUCCAAGUGCCAGAACUGCUUUGCCAACAACCCCAGCGUCAAGCGGGAGGGCCACAGCAAGAUCUUCCGAAAACCUCUGGCAUUGAAGCCGCAGCACCAGAACGACCUGAACGGAUUCACCUUUCCAGACGUGCUGGCAGAGCUGGCCGAAGCCGCAGCUUCCGGUAACGACCCCGCAGACAUCAACAUCGCACCGGACGGGGAACUCCUGAGCUACACCGUGGACGGCAACGGAAGCGGAGAAAAACGCAUGUUGCUGAGGGAAGAGGAGGACAGCGACGACGAGAUGGUGGCUGCCGCAGCAGCGAAGCGGAAGCGGGGGAAGGGAGGAGGAGGAGUGGGAGAGGCGGGGACGAGGCGGCCGUUUCUGAUGAACGUGGCGGAGGUGGAGGAGCAUUUGAGAAGGCUGUGGAUCCGCGAACCCGCCAUCUGCAACGCUCUCUUCGGCUCCUCCGCUCUCUCCUCCUCCUCCUCCCACUCCCACCCCCACUCCUCCGGCCGCUCCGGCCACUCGGCCUUCCCUGCAGGGAUGUCCCCGUACCAUCAUAAGCUGUACUACGGGCAGCAGCAGGGCUCGGGGCAGCAUGGGGGCGGUGUUGGGGCGGCGACUUGGCCGUCUGCGUUCUUCCUGCGCUGCCUGCUCGUGCCGCCCAACAAGUUCCGCCCCCCCAACAUGAUGAACGAUAUGUUGCUGGAGCACGCGCAGAACGUCUUUCUCACGAAAAUCCUUGAAGCCAACCUCUUCAUCACCCAGAUCGGCCGAGAGGCCGCCGCCACUGCUGCCGCCACUGCCGCCGGUAACGCUGCUACAGGUGCAGGCGCUGGCACUGCUGGUGCUGGUGCUGAGGGUGAGGGGGGCGGUCAGCAGCUGGCGAAGCUGGUGUAUACGGUGGGGGUGGAUGGCGGAGGGGGAGCGGCGGCGGAGGGGGCGGAUAUAGGUGCGACGGAAGUGAGGAAGGCGGCGAUUGCGUGGCUGCAGCUGCAGCACCACGUGAACUGCUUCCUGGACAGCAGCCUGAGUGAGUGGUUAUGGGAAGGAAUGUAUCGCCUGGUGUCACCUGCUGUCACGUCGCUUCCCCUCUCACCAACCAACGCAUGUGCAGUCUUGCAGAGGGACCCAGCAAACGGCAUACGGCAGCAGCAGCUGGAGAGGAAGGAGGGGCUGUUCUGCUCACAGAAGGACCCGGCGAACGGCAUUCGGCAGCAGCUGGAGAGGAAGGAGGGGCUGUUUCGAAUGAACAUGAUGGGCAAGCGAGUCAACUAUGCCUGCCGCUCCGUCAUCUCGCCUGACCCCUACAUCCAGGUGAACGAGAUCGGAGUGCCGCCCGUCUUUGCCAAGCGACUCACAUACGCUGAGACGGUGACAGACUGGAACGUGGAGUAUCUAGCCAGACUGGUGGAGAACGGGGCGGACGUGUUACCAGGAGCCACCCACGUGGAGGACGAGAGGGGGCAGCUCGUCUCCCUCGCCCACCUCAACCCCGACCGCCGCCGAGCGCUCGCACGCACGCUGCUCUCCACGCCCUCUGCUGCUGCGCUCGCGGCCAAUCAGCGCGCGACAGGUGUCCACGUGAAGGACGGCGAGGGCAAGAAGGGGGGAGGGGAGGGAGCGGCGGCGGAGGGGAAGGGGGUGCAUGUGCGGCGCGCGAUGGUGAAGUCGGUGUAUCGGCACAUGAGGGAUGGCGAUGUGGUGCUGGUGAACCGACAGCCCACGCUGCAUCGCCCGGGCAUCAUGGCGCAUCGAGUGAAGAUCCUCAAGGGGGAGAAGACCCUGCGGCUGCACUAUGCCAACUGCAAUGUGUACAACGCUGACUUUGACGGGGACGAGAUGAACGUGCAUCUGCCUCAGGACGCUCUGGGGCGAGCAGAAGCGUACUCGAUAGUAGACGCUGACUUACAGUACAUACUGCCCACCAACGGCCUGCCUGCUCGAGGGCUCAUUCAGGACCACAUUAUCGCAGCCACUCUCCUCACCUCGCCCGGCACGCUCCUCACGCGCACCGAGUUCCAGCACCUGCUCUUCUCUGCCUGCAUCCCACCCCCAGACACCCCCUUCCAAGCCCCCCCUGCCAAACCCGCCGCGGCUCCUGCUCCUGCUGCUGGUGCAACGACUGUUGCUGAUGGUGCCACUGCACCCGUGGGGCCUGCUGCUGCUGCUGCUGCUCCCGCCACUGCUGAUGGUGCAGCUGCUGCCGGUGGUGCUGAUGCAGCUGCUGCUGCCGCUGCCAAUGCUCCUCCGGCUGAUGGUGCCACUGCUACCGCCACCACCACCACCGUCCCUCCAGGCACCACGACUGGUGCAGACAACCCAGCAGGCACGGCAGCAGCAGCGCCCAGGAGGAUCCGCGCUCUCCCUGAUGCCGGUGCUGCCAUCACCAUGCCGCACCCUGCUGUCGUGAAGCCGCAACCGCUGUGGACUGGCAAGCAGGUGAGCGUGGAGGGAGCAGGGGAGGGUGGGGAGCAGGGGAGGGUGGGGAGCAGGGGAGGGUGCUGGCCGGAGGGGCAGCAACUGCUGAAGUGUUUAUCUCACCUUUCACAGCAGUUUCUGCAGGAGGGGCGCCAUGAUCACCUUUCUCCUCUGUCUUCGCUCCUAUCCUCUGCUCCUCCUGCCCCCCCUCCUGCUCCCCUGCUCCCAGGUAAUCACGCACGGCGCUGCUACAGCUGCUGGCCAGAGGGGCAGCAGCCACUGACCAUGGAGGUGCACUUUGAAACAGGCGCCCUUUUCACCUCUUCUUCUCCCCUUCUCCGCUUCCGUGCUCCCCUCUCCCGUCUCCCUCCCCACUCCUGUCCUACUCCCCUUUUCUGCUCCACAGGUAAUCACGGCGCUGCUACAGCUGCUGACGGAGGGGCAGCAGCCAAUGACAAUGGAGGUGGCGUGCAAGGUGUCGGCACGCUAUUGGGGGAAGGGGCGGCAGGAGGACGCGACACUGCGG